GUAUGAGCUUUCUCUCCUCUAUCAGUUCGCCCGAUUUGAUUGUACGAAUGAUCUGUUGCCGUGCUGCGCAAGGACUUGGACUCUAAUAAUGCUUUAAUAGUAGCCAGCGUGUGAUACUCGUCAAUGCGCUGAAGUUCUGGUAAUUUGCAGGCAGCAGUGGAACGAUUGCGCUGUUUUUAAAAUCACCGUUGAUUUAGAAACUGGACAACAACAACACCACCAUGGGAUGGCUGUUGUGACCCAUCCUCUGACAAAUCACUCCAUUCCCAGCACCCUGGUUUCUAUGUGGGUGCACAUGGCCAUGAAGUUGCCAUGUCCACCAACGACUCAGAUGUCAUCAACUGCACCAUCACACACGAGAUCCACCAGAACCUCUUCGCCGGCGCCUACAUCAUCAUCCUGUUGGUGGGCCUCCCUGCCAACGGCUACUCCCUCUACCAUGCCUGGCUGCAGCUGCGGGUGCGGAACGAGCUGGGCGUCUACCUGCUGAACCUGACCAUCUCCGACCUGCUCUACCUGGCCUCGCUGCCCAUGUGGCUGCAGUACAUCUUCUCCGGGGACGACUGGCAGCACAAAGAGUGGCUGUGCCAGCUGUGCGGCGUCCUGCUCUACGAGAACAUCUACAUCUCCAUCGGCUUCCUCUGCUGCAUCUCCAUCGACCGCUACCUGGCCGUGGUCUACCCCUUCCGCUUCUCCUCGUUCCGCUCCAUGCGGGCGGCCACGCUGGUCAGCGCCUUCAUCUGGCUCAAGGAACUGGCAGUGGGCACCAUCUUUUUCACCCACAGAGCCACAAGUGUGGACAUCACCAACCAGCGGGUGUGCUUUGAGCACUACCCGAUGAAGUCCUGGGAGUACCCGGUGAACUAUUACCGCUUCUACGUGGGCUUCCUCUUCCCACUGGUCAUCUUGUCCGUGUCGUACUUCCGUGUCCUGCGCGCGGUGGGCAAGAGCGCCGGCACGCAGACGGCGCAGAAGACGCGCAUCAAGCACCUGGUGACCAGCACCAUCCUCAUCUUCCUGGUGUGCUUCUCGCCGUACCACGUGUUCCUGCUGGUGCGGACCAUGCUGGAGAGGAGUUGCGACUUCAUCGAGAAGAUCUUCAACUACUACCACUUCUCGCUGCUGCUCACCAGCUUCAACUGCGUGGCCGACCCGGCGCUCUACUGCUUCGUGAGCGAGAGCGCCCAGCGGGGCAUCCAGGACGCGCAGCGGGCGUGCGCCAGGGCCGUGUGCUGCUGCUGCCACCGCCGGCGCUCCCAGAACAAGGGGAUGGCCAUCACUGGGCGACUGGCGGUCACCGCGACAAAGUCUAGCGAGGUCGCUACUGCCAAUGAAGGCAGAACUGCCACGCCCAUGGUCACUUUGUUACAGCCAAUGAAAACCAGUGAGGAUGUAUGAGAAGUCACACUUGUUUAGCUUAUCCCCAAUGGGCUGGCCCAGAAAAAAAAAUGUCUUAUGUUACCAUGUUGUUUAUUUGUUGAUUGUUAUAUAUUUGUAAACAUAUCAAAACAGUGUUGGUCAUGUUAAAGCUAUGUUAAAGCCAGUAUGUAAAAACAAUCUGUUU